AUGAGUUUCAGAACUUUCGCAUAUUGCAUACGUCAUUUAAUACGACGGCAUGAAACGAAUCGCGAUCAAGCUACUUGUUCUAAAGAAGGUGAUUUGCCCGAAGUUUUUGCGAUCAUUUCACCAGUCCAUGCAUCACUAUUUUAUUUUGCGCUUGCUCGAGAAUGUGUAUGUUAUCUGCACGAAAGUUUGGAAAGAUUGAAGAAUUUGCUCAAUGUUGUUUAUCGAUGCACAUUUCCUACUGAUGGUAGUUCUUUGCAUGUUUUCGAAAAAGCAAAAGAUGGUGCGAGGCGGAGUAUUAUAAUCAGAGGACAGGGUCCCGUACUGGGUCAAUCAGAUUGUUCUGCAGUUGUGCGGCGCAUGGGACCAGAAGUUACAGUUGCUAUAAUUGGAGCUUUGUUAGCUGAGCAACGAGUUAUCAUUGCCGGUGGCUCGGUACAGUGCGUUUGUCAUGCAGUUCAGUCAAUUACUUGUUUAUUGCAUCCAUUUUCAUGGCCUUAUACAUUAAUUCCAGUUUUACCAGACUCUUUGCUAGAAAUAGUAAAUUCUCCAACACCAUAUCUCAUCGGAUUAUUAAGGACAAACAUGUAUAAAUUGAAGCCCUUGGUUGUUAAGGACAAGAAUCGGUGCACUGAUGAUCUCAACCAGGACGACCUUGUUAUAGUCGAUCUUGACGGCGGUAUAUUUGUGCCACAACUUACCGAACUGCAUGCCGCAAAUGAGAAUGUUGAUUUUAAAGCAAAAAGCGCACUCGCAUUAUGCGAGAAACUUUUGAUGCCCAGGAAGCUUGCAGUAAGUCUUGCCGCAAAACUGCAAGAAGCUGUCACUGUUGGUGUAGGCCCUCGUGCUGAUUUUUUGCUUCAAAAAGCAAUGCUAUCGUGGUUUGCAGCUCUAAUUUGGCCCUACAAAGGUUGUGGCUUCUGUGCAGCAUUUAUCGCCGAAUCAAAUGGUGAUUUUGAAUCUAUUCGGACUAGCAAAGCUCAGCUGGUCGCCUCACACACUUCUAAAUCUGCUAGACGCUUUACAGAAUGGUUUGUCGAAACUGGUAUUUUUCGUGAAUGGAUCCACCGGAAGGUGGCUAGUGCUUCGGAAAUGAUCAACACGAUUCCGCAUAUCACAGAAGAUAUGGCAAAUCAGAAAUUUGAUGAAUGCAUCACUGCAGUAACACCUCAAGUAUCCCAAACGCGUAUGGCUAACAUAUUCACAAAAGCGCACAACGUUAUCUUUCGUUCUCAUUUGCUGAAGAAGUUGUGA